GCAGCCAGUGGUUUUGAACUGCUGGCCUUUCAGUUGUCAGCCCAACUUGUAACCACUAUGCCACCAGGGCUACCAUGUUGAAAGCCCCACAGGCCAGCUCUCCCCUAUCACAGAGGGCCCUUAUGAGUCAAAAGUCCAUUCAAGGGUACCCAUCAGCAGUAUAAGUAGUUUGUGGAUUGCCCUCAAGUAUAGAAUUCUGUCUCAAAUCCUAUCUGCUAAGACCCAAAGGGACAACUAGCCAGUCUAUCAAGUACCUUGGUUUAUGAGAAUUCGCAUGUUCGCUUGAGAUACAUCAGUGCUUCUGGCACACAGCCAUGAAUGAAGGUGCACAAUAUGUGCUGGUGCUGUGGGCACAUUUGCUUAGCUGGUCGGCCACCAUCAGAUCCCGAGGAGUCUCAGCCUCCAGGAUGGACUUCCUGGUUCUCUUCUUCUUCUACCUGCUUCUGAUGCUGACCGUUGUCCUUCUGUGGUGCGUCUGCUCGAGAAUCCACUGCUUGAAAGGCCUGGUCGGGGAAGGAACACAGGUCAUUUCCCGUCUCAUCCCAGAAUGCCUUCAGAGAUGCGUGCAAAGAUGGCUCCACUACCUCUUUCAUACCCGAAACCACACCUUCAUCGUCCUGCACCUGGUCUUGCAAGGCCUGGUCUAUACCGAGUACACCUGGGAAGUCUUUGGCUACUGUCAGGAGCUGGAGUUCUCCUUGCCCUGUCUUCUCCUGCCCUACCUGCUGCUGGCCACAAACCUGCUCUUCUUCGUGCUCAGCUGCGUGACCGACCCAGGAACCGUAACGAGCGCUACCGAGCCGGCAUUCCUCCAGGCCUACCGAUUCGAUGACGUGAUGUUUCCCAAGAAUGCCAGGUGUCCCACCUGUGACCUACGGAAGCCAGCUCGCUCCAAGCACUGCAGGGUGUGUAACAGGUGUGUGCACCGCUUCGACCAUCACUGCAUUUGGAUGAACAACUGUAUCGGGGCCUGGAACGUGCGGUACUUCCUCAUCUACCUCUCGACGCUGACGGCCUCCGCGACCACCGUGGCCGGCCUAAGUGCCGCCUUCCUGGUCCAGGUGGUGAUCUUCUCGGAUCUCUACCUGGAGACUUACACUGACGAGCGUGGGCAGCCCCAGGUGGUCGACGUCAUCUUCCUUGCGCAGUACCUGUUCGUGCUCUUCCCGAGGAUCAUCUUCCUGCUGGGCUUCGUGCUGGUGAUCAGCGUGUUCCUGGGGGGCUACCUGUGCUUCGCUCUAUACCUGGCCGCCACCAACCAGACCACCAACGAGUGGUACAAAGCCCGCCAGGUCCCGUGCCAGUGCUGCCACCCCCAGGUGAAACCCCAAGCCUUCCAGAACAUCCACAACCGUGGGGUCUGGCGCAACCUGCACGAGGUCUUCCUCCCUGCUGCCCACGAUGAGAAGAAGAAAUAAGAAUGGAAGAGUGUCCCUGCCCUUGAAAGAUUGGAGACCUUUCUGUAUACAAACGGAUGCUUAUUUUCAACACAGGCAUUGCUUUUCUGUU